AUGGUGACAGCAAUGCGUAUUCUGGCACCACCUCGGCGCAUGUAUCUUCCUCUGGUAAUAUUAUUAAAUUUUUUAAUAACGCAAGGAGGUCAGCAGCAUGGAAGGAAAAUAUCGCCGGUUAGCAAGUUGCAAGUCAUUGAACAUAUCGUCUCACCAAAAUAUGAAGCACUGUCUCCCGAUCCCGUAAUUGAUCAUCUUGCAUCUUUCGAUAGUUUUUCCGAUUUGGAUCCGGAAUCUCGGAAGCAAUCAUCUGCUGAGGAACAUCGAAAUCAAGUGUUGCUACCAGAAUUAUUAGGUUCGUGUAGCACAUAUGAAUAA